CAUUUGACUCUACUGGUUGCUGUAUUAAGAUUUACAAUGAAUCAGAACAUUAUAGAUAUAAUGUUGAGCUACCUAAUGUUGUAAUAAUCUGCUAUUACAGUAUAUUCAGACAGGAUGUUGACUUGUUGUCUGCUUUGCUAAAUGAUUGACAAUUUAAUUGAGUGCACAUUAGAAAGAGAGGAGGGCCCAUUCAGUGUUUAUCAGUAGAGACUUGAGGUCUUAAUAAGAACCUUGAGUUGAACCUUGCUGGGAGGGGCGGCACACUCCACUUACACCCACCCUGACUCCGCUCUUCUGGGCUCCUCGGGAAACUUCUGAGGUCUGAGUAAAGGAAGUUCCAGCCCAUGUUUGGAAGUUCCUGAGGCACUGCGUCCGUCCGAGCGAGGUAGUACUACAGUGAACAGCUGCAAGUGUCGGACACGCACGGUUACUUACUCCGGGAUAAACCAUUAGAAAGCGGUUAAUCAUCAUGGCUCAAGCGAAAAUACAGGCAAAAAUGAGCGAGGCUUCCGGCAGCAAGUUCAGCAGGACACUGUCCAUGGCGGAUCGCUCUGGAAGACUACUAGAAACUUUGGAUCAACUGGAAAUGAGGGUGGAGACUUUACGCGAAACAGCAGCGGCCAUGGAACAGGAAAGGGAGAGCAUCUUGGAAAUGAUUCAGUCUUUAAAAAAUAGCCAAGAAAUGCGCAACAUAUGUGAUGGUGAAAGAGAAGAGUUAACUUUAACUGCAGAGCGCCUGAUGGGACGAACUCUGUCAGUGGAGGUCUGCGUGGGCACAAUCAGAAACUCCCAGCAGGAAGAGGCUCUUCGCAAGGCCACAUCAAUAAUCAAUGACAUUGUGAAGAAGUUACUGGAUGACAUGGAGGGUGGACGGCAGCGCCUGCAGGCUCUGCACGCAGCAUGUGUCACAGAGGCUCCACCUGUACCUAUUGACCAGAAGUUUCAGGCCCUGGUCAUCAGCUGUGCUCUGGAGGACCAGAAGAAGAUCAAGAGGAGGCUGGAGAUGCUGCUGAGGAACACUGAAAAUGCAGAGGAUAACAUUAAGCUAAUGGACAACAUAAAACUAGAUGAGCCCAGAGCCAAUGGACUCUAAUGCUAACCUACUUGUGGAAAGAUGCCUUUGACGAGGACAGAUACACUGCAGCACACACAGAAUUCUGUACCAAAAUAAAUUUACUUUAUUGUUUGCUGUCACAUAGAUCUUUUCCAUUGUUACACCCAGUAUGGUUUAUACUACACUACCUCUUUUACUGAAGGCAUCACAAAUUAUAAUUAUACACCACAUUGUAAUUGUUUGUACAAAAAAUUUAAUAAACAAGUAGUGGAUAGAUAUUUUUUCAUGCCCAUUGUAUUUUAGAAUCCACUGCACCCACUAGACAUUUAGCUCUGACAAUAUUUUCUCAAAAUUAUGUAUUAUGAAAACAUUAUUAACUCAGUGUUAACAGCAUUACUCUUUACAAGAAAAUUAUUAUAAAAAAUACCUAGCAAUAAUCUCCACAGCUAGGGCUAGAUGAUAUGAAAAAUAUGAUUUUAUUCCACAUAUUGAUCUAUCACGAUUUUCUGUUUUCACAAAGGCUAAAUGUGUUUCAAUAUGAACUUGACUUGAUUGCCAUGAUUUUGCAAAUUAGAUGAAAUAAAAAUCA